AUGCAGCUCAGAGCAUUGCUGCUCUUCCAGGCGCCGGGAAUGGGGCGCCAGCGCAGCCUAGUUGCUCGGGGCCUGCGCGUCCUGGCGCAGCAGGACCAGGAGGCGGAGGCACAGCUGGCAGCGGCGCCAGACCGCCGCCUGUCGGUGCUCGCUGCCAGCCCCACCGCCACGCAGCUCCUGGCUCACUUCUGUGCAUGCGAGCUCCGCCCCGCAGACUGUUACCUGUUGUAUGGCAGCGUGGGGGCGGGCAAGAGCUACUUUAGCCGUGCGUUCAUUCGUGCUGCCGCCAAGGACGAGGAGCUACCGGUGCCUUCACCCACGUUCCUGCUACAAAACAUCUAUACAGACCACCAGGGCCCACCCAUCCACCACUUUGACUUGUAUCGCCUGACAAAACAGUACGAAUUUGCACGACUGGACCUGCGGACGUCUUUCAAUGAAGCAGUCAGUCUUGUGGAAUGGCCAGAGCGGCUGGACGCCCACCACCAGCCCGCGGAGCGCCUGGAAGUGCACAUUUCCAUUUUGGAGGCAGCAGAGCAGGAGCGGCUGCAGCGGCAGCGAGCGCCGACAGAGAACGGCUGGAGAGGAGACGAGGAGGCUGAGCAGGAUGGCAGUACAGAUGAAUGCAGCGGUGACAUGCGCUGGCGGCGUAUCAGCUUGAAGCCUUUUGGGCAGCGAUGGCUGCUGCGGCUACAGCUGCUGCAGCGAUACCUGCAGGCAGAGGGUGCACAGCUGGACUGUCACAUGGAGAGGGGUUUGUUGGAGCAGGAAUCUUGACAGAGGAUGUGAAUGAAGCC